AUGAGGAAGAAAAACCGAGCCAAGGGAAGAGAAUGCGCAAGGAAAGAUGACAAAAGCGACGUGUCUGGGCAUUACGAAACGAGGGGCUCCCAGGAAAUCCCCCAGCCGGAUUUCAAUUCCAGUAUGGUCUACUUAAAUAUAUAUGACUUGGAUGCCGUUUCCAAGGUUGUCAACACGGUGGCUAGAUCGAUGGGCGCGGGCGCCUUUCACGCCGGCGUAGAAGUCUACGGCUAUGAGUACUCAUUCGGUUACAUAGUAGACGGAGAAACGGGGGUGACCAAAACGAGCGCCCGCUAUCAUCCCUACCACGUUAAAACUCCACUGACGAAGGAAGAAGUAGACCUCUUGGUUGAGGUGAUGAAGCUGCAGUGGAUCGGAGACACCUACGACAUAUUGUCAAGGAACUGCCUUAACUAUGCCGACUACUUCUGCAACUUGCUGGAUGUCGGCAGCAUCCCCGAAUGGGUCAUGAGUUUACAAAAAAAAGUCACAUGGGUAAAGUCAAACAUAAAUGUCGCGGCGUCAAAGUUGAAGGAAUUAAACAAAGCUGCUGGAAUACCAACAGUGAUAAACUUCAUAAAGAAAAAGUACAACGACAAUGGUGAAGACUACGAAGGGUAA